ACAGGAAACAUGGCUGGUUCAGCUUCAGGUUUCACAGGAGAGGAGGCGGCAAGAAACAAACUAACCUUGCGAGUCGAACAACUAACAAGCUGAGGUGACUGUCUCUUGUCUCUGAGCCAUGAGGUCGUCUUCCCUCCUCCUACUCUCCUUCCUCAUGGGUGUGAGGGGUGUUCAAGGGGGCUCGGACUUUAGAGUGUGUGCCUUCAACCUCCAACACUUUGGGGAUUCAAAGUCCAAGAAGACCGAUGUCAUGGAGACUCUCACCAAAAUCAUCACUCGCUGUGAUGUGUGUUUGCUUCAGGAAGUCAGAGACAGUAAAGGGAAAGCUUUACCGGAGCUGCUUAUACAACUUAACAGCAUUGACUCUGUCCAUAAGUAUGAUGCAGUGGCCAGUGAGCGGCUGGGCAGGUCUGAAUCGUACCAGGAGCAGUAUGUGUUCGUUUACAGGACCGAUACGGUGACCGUCUCUGGCCAGUAUCAGUAUCCAGACAUUCGACCAGGAGAUGUUGAUGCUUUCUCCAGAGAGCCUUUUGUUGUCCGCUUCAAAGCCCCCAGGACAACAAUAAAGGAGUUUGUCCUCAUACCUCAGCACACCACUCCAACCAACACCACUAAGGAGCUUGAUGCACUGUAUGAUGUUUUGCAAGAUGUGAGAAAGAUGUGGAAAACUGAGAAUGUGAUCCUUCUUGGGGACUUCAACGCUGACUGUGGCUACCUCGCUAAGAAGAACAGGAAGAACGUGCGUCUGAUUACAGAGAAGUCCCUCGUUUGGCUCAUUGAAGAUAAAACUGACACCACUGUGCGAUCGUCCACAUCCUGCGCCUACGACAGGAUUGUUGUGCAUGGGGAAACAUUUGCCAGAGCAAUUGUGCCUCUUUCGGCCAAACCAUUUAACUUCCAAUCAGAAUACGAACUCACGGAGGAUCAGGCGCUGGAGGUCAGUGACCACUAUCCGGUGGAGGUCCUGCUGAAGGUCGAUAGGUCAAGAGAGUUCAAUGGUGCAACGUCUUUGGCAUUAACUGGCACAAAUCAGAAAACAUCUCAAUUAAAGUUCUUUUCUUGGUUUGUCCUCAGCCAUCUUGUCUUGCAAGUGUUAGCACGGUAGUUUCAUGAUAAACCUGUGCAGAUUUUUCUCAGGACAAGCUUACUUCAUGAACUGAUGAGAACUUUAGGAUGCAUGAAGUCCAACCUGCCAAGUAUCACCAGCAAUACUACACAAAGAGGGCCGUCCAUGUUGGAUUCAGGUUUGGGGUAAAAAACCCAGAAAAUUACACAACUGUUGACCUGUACCUUUAUGUAUUCACCAUAUUGUACAUUAAUUUAUCUAUCAAUAUGUGUAUCUAGAUGAAAAAAACUGUAAAGUUAGAAAUCUGUUCACUUAAUUUAGUUCUUUUGCUCUCUCAGUUUAGGAAAAUUACACCCUUUUGUUAAUUCCCUCAAAUUGAUCCAAGGUAAAGUGGAUAGGACACAUUAUAUUAGAGGAGAACAUUUGCAGUAUCAUCAAAAGUUUUACUGGAAAUCCUGUAAAUUACAUUUGCAGGAUAUCAAAGAAAAUGCACCACUGCUGAAAACCAGAAGUACAGUUUAUCUACUGUAUGAUGGAAAGAACUACAUACUGUCAAUGUAAUGAAAGUCAUUAAGCCAUUAAGCUGGAGGAACAGAUGAAGUAAGUCAAGUGAACAGAACUGAUGCACUGAAAUGAGUAAAUGUAGCUCAUGAAUCACUAAUGUGAUGGAACAAUUUAUUAAGUAAGGUCUCUGUUAAAUGAUGCUAUAAUCUUGGGGUGUGGGGGGUGAUGCCUUAUAUACAGUACAAGCAAUGCACUUUGUAAAUGAGAUUUUGUUUGAUUCUGUUAUUCUCUGAAGAAUAAAUGGAGUUAUUUUUC